AUUUGUGUUUAUUUUACUUUAAGGCAGCCCUCACUUAAAUCACAUUUAAAUUCAAUUAAAAAUGUUUACAAAAUUAAUAAUUUUAGUGAUUUUUAUAUGUGAAAUAUUGUAUGCACACGGGAUAGUAUUAACUCAACCUGAGCAAGUUCAUCUAUCUUAUGGAGCCGAUUCGACACAAAUGGUGAUCACAUGGACCACAUUCAACGCCACCAAUGCAUCGACCGUCGAGUUUGGGAUCAAAUUAUUGUCUCAAUCCAUGACUGGAUUCAGUACUCAAUUCACUGAUGGAGGGAAUGAGAGGCGAAUCCUUUAUAUUCAUAGAGUUGUGUUGACACAACUCACACCGGGAACCGCUUACAUCUAUCACUGCGGAAGUACUGAUGGCUGGAGUCCUAUGUUUAGGUUCACGGCUAUGAGGAAUGGCAGCGAUUGGAGCCCAAGAAUCGCCAUUUUCGGUGAUUUGGGUAAUGAAAACGCGCAGUCGAUCCCCAGAUUACAAGAGGAGGUCCAGAGAGGACUCUAUGACACCGUCUUCCACAUCGGUGACUUUGCCUAUGAUAUGGAUUCUGAUAACGCGAGAGUCGGCGACGAAUUCAUGAGACAAAUCGAGUCCAUUGCAGCCUAUGUUCCCUAUCAGGUGUGUCCGGGUAAUCAUGAAUACAAAUACAAUUUCUCCAAUUAUGACAAUCGGUUUUCAAUGGUUAACAGCGGGAGUGGUCUCAUGAAUAAUCACUACUACAGCUUCAACAUAGGACCGGCACAUGUCAUCUCAUUCUCCACUGAAUUCUAUUACUUUCUGCAAUACGGAUGGAAACAGUUGUUAUACCAAUACUAUUGGCUCAUCAAUGAUCUCAAAGAGGCCAAUAAACCAGAGAACCGGGCGCUGAGGCCGUGGAUCAUAACGUUAGGCCACCGGCCUAUGUAUUGCAGCACUGAUGACAGGGAUGACUGCACUCACAAACAAAGUAUUAUCAGGAAAGGGCUACCGAUUGUGCACACAUUGGGUUUGGAGGACCUGUUUUACGAGUCGGGGGUGGACUUAGAGGUGUGGGCCCACGAGCACGUCUACGAGCGAAUGUGGCCCUUAUAUAACCUAACUGUCCAUAACGGCUCCCAAUCGCACCCGUAUACCAACCCCACAGCGCCCGUCCAUAUAAUCACCGGCUCAGCCGGGUGUAAUGAAAGGCACGACUCGUUUGUGAAAAACCCUCCCGAAUGGAGUGCGGUCCGUAUAUCAGACUAUGGAUACACUAGACUUCAUAUAAUAAAUGCCUCGCACCUGUCACUGGAACAGGUAUCUGAUGAUCAGAAUGGGAAAAUUGUGGACAAAAUAAUGCUAAUAAAGGAUUCGCACGGAAUUAGACACAAAAAGGACAGUUGUUAACCAAUUUGUACCCAUAAUUGUACUGUAUAAUAACUUGUAUCAGGCAAC